AUGGAAGGUGUCGUUCGAGAGGUAUUAGAGGAGACCGGUUAUAAAUGUGAACCGGAAGAAUUACUAAGUGUACAGGUACAGGGUUCCGGAUGGUAUCGAUUUUCAUUUUACUGUAAUAUUAUCGAUGGUGAACGUAAGGUAAUUGCUGAUAAUGAAUCAUUAGGCGCUAAUUGGUUUCCUAUCGAUGAAGUCAAGGCAAAAAAGUUAGAUUUAAGGUCAUCUGAUUUCUUGAAAAUCGUCGAAGAAGCAGAGGAAUAUCGGCAAAAAAGAAACCAAUUUGUUAAUAAAUUAUCGCAAUUUUUACCAAUUCCCAUUUCAACUGAUGGAUUAUUUAUCGAAUUUGCAAUUUUACGAACAGUAAAGUAA